CGAUGGCAACCUCAUUUGAAGUUCCAAGUUUUGCGCCACAUUUGAGCAGCAGUUUUCGUUGCACGGUUAAACGUAAAAGUUAAUUUACGGCUUCUCUUCAAGAAUAAAGCAAUCUUUUUUCACUAACAAUGGACUCCAAAUCGCCCAAGGCUAUUUCAAAAUCCAACCGAGCUGGACUAACUUUUCCUGUAGGGCGUACACUGUCGUCACUUAAAAAGGGUAAGUACGCUGACCGCAUCGGCGUAGGGGCCGGUAUCUAUAUGGCUGCUGCCCUGGAGUAUCUAGUGGCGGAAAUCUUGGAACUAGCAGGAAACGCGGCUAAAGACAACAAAAAAAUGCGCAUAAUUCCUCGACACAUUCAACUGGCUGUUCGUAAUGAUGAUGAAUUAAGCAAACUGUUGAAGGAUGUAUGUAUUUCCGAAGGCGGGGUCCUUCCUAAUAUUCAGGGAAUUUUGCUGCCAAAGGGUACGAAGAAGCAAAAAUCAACGCCAGAAGGUCAAAGCCAGGAGUAUUGAAGGAAGAUUUUGUCAUUUAUCAGCUUCAUUGCUGCGGGAUUUUUUUUAAAUAUGUUUGUAUAUUGUUUUAUUGCCUUGAAUGUGGAUAUAGUGUAGCUUAAGAUGUGUGAAUUUUCAUGAAUAAAUUCCUAUACUAGAAUUA